AUGCGAGAAGGAGAGACCCUGAAGGCCUACUUGGAUAGGUAUUGGGAGAUGUAUAACGAGAUACAGGGAAAUUACAAUGAUGUCGUCAUCAACACAUUCAAGAGGGGCCUGCCAACAAAGUACGGUUUAAGAAAGUCCUUGACUGGGAAACUGGUCACCAGCGUGCACCAGCUCAUGGAUCGAAUCGACAAAUACAAGAGAGUCGAAGAGGACCAACAGACGGGAAAGGGCAAAGCGAAGGUUGUCCCUCAAGAAAGGAGGGACUUCAGGUCGGACUGCUUUAACAACAGUAACCGGCCGAUAAGGGAUUACUCGGAGCAGUCUGGAUCCAUCGGGGCACAAGCAGUCCAUGCUGUGUUCCGAGAACCAUUACAUAAGAUCCUAGAGAAAGUGAAGAACGAACCGUUCUUUCAAUGGCCAAGUAAGAUGGCAGGCGACCCUGCGAAACGUAACCAGAACCUAUAUUGCGAAUAUCACCAAGAACCAGGCCACACCACCGAUGACCGCAGAAAUCUAAAAAAUCACUUGGACCGGCUGAUCCGAGAGGGAAAGCUGAGACACCUUUUGCAUCAUCCUGUUGGACGGCAGGAGCAGACGAGCGUCGAGGCAAGGCCAAGCACAUUGAGACCGCUCAUUGGCACGAUAAAUGUCAUUCUUACACUGCCAUUGUAG